AUGCGCAUAUGUGUAGGCAAGGCAGCAGGCGCGCUUGCUCAGACCGUGACGCGCAUGUGUGGCCUUGACGACGACCGUGAAACGCUGGAGCGCCACUUGCUAGCCGUCGAGUGCAAGCUGGCCAACGCAGAGGAAAGGAGCCAGAGCAAUCGCUACCUCAAGAGCUGGAUGGAGAAGCUCAAGGACGUCGCCUACGAGGCAGAAGAUGUCCUUGACGACUUCGAGUAUGAGGCGCUGCGCCGCAAGGCCCAGAUUGGCGACUCCACCUUCCGCAAGGUACUCGGCUACGUCACAUGCCGCAGCCCACUGCUCUUCCGUUUUGCCAUGAGCAGGAAGCUCAAGGCCGUCCUCAAUAAGAUCAAGGAGCUGGUUAAGGAGAUGAACAGGUUUGGGCUUGUGGAUUCUGUCACUCGUGAGGGGCCGCAACUUCCUUGGCGGCAGACACACUCCAAACUGGACAAGUCUACCGACGUCUUUGGAAGAGAUGAUGACAAAGAGGGGGUGGUGAAGUUGCUACUAGACCAGCAAGAUCAGCGGAAGGUGCAGGUGCUGCCCAUCUUUGGUAUGGGAGGUCUUGGUAAGACAGCACUUGCUAAGAUGUUGAAGAUGUGGCACUGCGUUUCAGAAAAUUUUGAUGUAAUUGCUAUUGUGAAAUCCAUCAUUGAAUUGGCUACAAAUGAAAGAUACAACCCGCCUGACAGCAUUGAGCUAUUGCAGAAGAAACUUGAUGAAGUCAUUGGCCGGAAAAGAUUUUUUCUUGUUCUUGAUGAUGUCUGGAAUGAAGAGAAGACGAUAUGGGAGGAUAAUUUGAAGCCACUGUUAUGCUCCAUCGGUGGAAUAGGAAGUGUUAUAGUUGUGACAUGUCGAAGCGAGCAAGUGGCCACUAUAAUGUGCACCAUUCAGCCCCUUAAGUUAGCAUGUCUACGUGAAGAAGAUUCAUGGGAAUUGUUCUCGAAGAAAGCAUUUAGCAGUGAUAUAGUGGAGCAAGCAGAGUUGGCCACCGUUGGAAGACGUAUUGUCAAUAAAUGUGGGGGGUUGCCACUUGCUCUGAACACAAUCGGUGGAUUGCUGAGUUCAAAGCAACAAGUGGAGGAAUGGGGGAGCAUCGAAAGAAGUAACAUCGGUGAUAAUGAGGUCAUGCCAAUACUGAAGUUAAGCUACAAACACCUGUCGUCUGAAAUGAAGCAAUGUUUUGCAUUAUGUGCACUUUUCCAGAAAGAUUAUGAGAUGCAGAAGGAUAUGUUGAUCCAGCUGUGGAUGGCAAAUGGCUUUAUUCAACAAGAGGGAACAACGGAUUUAACACAAAAAGGAGAAUGCAUGUUCAGUGAAUUGGUUUGGAGGUCCUUCCUGCAAGAUACAAAAGUUGUAGUCACAUCUAGUGCCUAUGUUGGUAGCUCUGAAUAUGAGACAACAGAUGUUGAUUUCAAAAAGAUAUCUGGGUUGUUUGAUGGCAAAACAUCUGUCCGCACUUUGUUAUCUCCUUCAGGAGCAUACAUAGAUUUUAACCGUCUGCCCCAAUUGGAGCGCAUGCCUCGAAACAUUGGUGAGCUGAGCAACCUCCGCACACUAACAACAUUUGUUGUGGAUACUAGAGAUGGUUGUGGUAUUGAGGAGCUCAAGGACUUGCAACAGCUUUGCAACAGGUUGGAACUGUACAACUUGAGAAAAAUAAAGAGUGUAAUGCAUGCAAAAGAUGCCAAUCUCCAUCAGAAGCAAAAUCCGAGUGAGUUGUUGUUCUCUUGGGGCCUUACAAAAUAUGACGAGCCUGAAAAUGAGGCAUGUAAUGAAGAGGAAGUGUUCCAGUGUCUAAAGCCUCAUAGCAAGACCCAAUUCUCAGAAUUAUAUGGAUAUGGUGGCCUAGAAAUACCACAAUGGAUGAGAAACCCUCGGAUGUUUCAGUGCUUAAGAAAACUCACGAUUUCCAACUGGACAAGGUGUAAGAAUAUACCUGUAGUAUGGUUAUCACCCUCACUGGAGUACUUAUCCUUAGAAAACAUGGGUAAACUGAAGACAUUAUGUGAUAACCUUUGCAUAGAAGGCGGAGGACACAGUACCCCUCUACAGAUUUUCCCGAAGUUGAAGAAGAUGAUCUUAAAAGAGCUACCUAGUCUAGAGAGAUGGGCUGAAAACAGUGCUGGAGUGUCUAUCGAUAGCUUAGUGACAUUCCCGGUGCUUGAAGAGCUAAUAAUCGAUGACUGCCCUAAGCUUGCAAGUUUUGCAGUGAGCCCUGUUCUCAAAGUCCUGAGGGCAACAGAAGCACUCACUUCUGCAAGAAAUUCAUUCCUGAAGAGGGAUGAUUCAUCACCCGAGGAGAACCUUCCGUUGCCACAGAUGGAGCAUUUUCCAAGUUUGCCUACAUCCCUUGAAAUUUUGUGGAUUCAAGGUUUCGAAUGUUUGGUGGCGCUUCCUUGGAACCUUGGACAUCUGACAGAGCUGAGGGAGCUACUGGUGAAUAACUGCACUGGCCUGAAAGCGUUACCUGAUGGGAUGGAUGGGCUCACUUCUCUUCGGCAGUUGACAAUCGGUGGUUCUCCAGGGAUAGAGGAAUUACCAAAUGGUCUCCUUCAGCGGCUGCCAGCCCUUGACGAGAUAAGCAUAUAUGGCUGCCCUGAGUUGGAAAGACGAUGCAGAGAAGGUGGGGAGUAUUUCCACUUGGUCCCUGUUCGAGCAGAAUCAGAAUUCAGAAUUCGAGUACCAGAAGCAGAAUCAGAAAUCAGAACUGGAGCACCAGAAGUAGAAUCCAGCGGAAAGAAGUUUCUAAGAAGGAUCUGCCUUAUUUGGACAAGUUGGGAAAGCUGGAAUACAUCAAAGCUCUAG